UCAUGUGAAGAGCUGGCAGCGGAGCAGUCCGCUUCUUUCCACUUCAGCGAGUUCGACAAAACCCCCAAAGGCCAAAUCCCAAUUCCCGACCUAGCAAGCAGCAGCCCUCGUCCAUCUUCAGUCAUUGCCGGACGGCGCACGGCGGCUCAGGCGCUUAGCACUCGGAUGGCGCACUGUCGGUUUAAAUUAAUUAGUUUCUGGUCGACUGCUCUAAUUGUUCUUCAGUGGUAAACUGAGACUAUGAGAGAGUGAGAGCUGCUCUUCGGUGGUGCCUAAGUCACUGCUAAGUGUUUAACAGGCUUGAAAAAGGAUAGAACUGUCUAUGUUCUAAAGGACAGGAUUCUCCUCUUUGACUAUAUUUCCUUCAAAAUUAAUCAAUGGAGAUGAAGCCAAAAACAAGUACUUCUACAUCAGAUCCAAAUCUAGUAAAAUCUAAGAACAAGAAGGACAAGGGAAAAGCCUCGAAAAAGGGGCUGAGCAUAGAAGGCUAUCAAAUCGAAGGAAUUUCAAUUGCGGGGCAUGAGACGUGUGUGAUUAUCCCCACUCUAAAUUUGGCAUUUGAUAUUGGCAAGUGCCCACAACGCGCUGUGUCUCAACAAUUUAUCUUCAUUUCCCAUGGACAUAUGGACCACAUAGGAGGACUGCCCAUGCAUGUGGCUACACGUGGCCUCUAUGGAAUGGUUCCACCUACAAUAGUUGUGCCAUAUGCUGUUAAAGAAAGCGUUGAGAAGAUUUUCGAAGCACAUAGAGCUAUGGACCAAUCUGAACUCAAGCACACUUUGAUUGCUUUGGAUGUGGGAGAAGAGUUUGUUUUAAGGAAGGAUCUAAAAGUAAGGGCGUUCAGAACUUACCAUGUCAUACCCAGCCAGGGUUACAUAGUUUAUUCUAUAAAGCAUAAGCUUAAACAAGAAUACAUCGGCCUUUCAGGAGAAGAGAUAAAGAGGUUGAAGGCAUCAAAUGUGGAGAUCACAAACACUAUAAAUACACCUGAAAUCGGUUUUACAGGGGACACGAUGUCAGAUUUCAUUUUAGACAAUGAUAACAUUGAUGUUUUGAGGACGAGGAUACUCAUUAUGGAGGUAUACAACGUCACCUAGUACCUACCUAGAGAAAACAACUACAGUAGAGGAUGCUAGGGAGCGUGGCCAUAUGCAUUUGUCUGAGAUAAUCAAGUAUGCAGACAGAUUUGAAAACAAAGCGAUACUUCUGAUCCAUUUUUCAGCUCGUUAUAAACUAGAUGUUAUUGAAGAAGCUAUUUCGGCAAUACCUCCACCUUUGGCUGGCAGAGUUUUUGCCCUCACCGAAGGGUUUUAAUGUGAAGGGGAAUGGAAAGACACCUAAUAAAGUAUGCCUUUCUAAGAGCAUCCCCAAUGCAUUGUAGUCUAGUCUAGUGAAAGUGUGUUACCUCAUUAGAUUAGACUUGGACUAUAUAUUAUCUCCUCCAACCUUUGUAGUCUGUGACAUGGAAACAUAAAAUUAAACACGGUCAAGAAGGAUGUUUGUGUGCACAUUCUGA